GACGCACUAGUCGACAGAGCCUAGUAGCUGCUAGCUAGCUAGCGAGAUCGAUCGUAUCGCGAUCGAGGCCAUGGAGUUGGCGGCGGCGGCGGUAGGUGCAGUGGUCGUGGCACUGAUAAGCUUGUGCGCUGGAGCUGCAAAAGCGCAGCUACAGGUAGGGUUCUACGACCAGUCGUGCCCCCAGGCCGAAGUGAUCGUGAGAGACGAGGUGGGCAAGGCCGUGAGCGCCAACCCUGGCCUCGCCGCCGGCCUUGUCCGGAUGCACUUCCAUGACUGCUUCGUCAAGGGAUGUGACGCGUCGGUUUUGCUGGACUCGGCGGCGAACAGCACGACGGCGGCGGAGAAGGACGCGCCGCCGAACAAGAGCCUGAGAGGGUUCGAGGUGGUGGACAGCGCCAAGCAGCGGCUGGAGAGCGCGUGCAAGGGGGUGGUCUCCUGCGCCGACGUCCUCGCCUUCGCCGCCAGAGACAGCGUCGUGCUGACCGGCGGCAGCCCGUACCGAGUUCCGGCCGGGAGGAGGGACGGCAACACCUCCGUCGCGUCCGACGCGAUGGCGAGCCUGCCCCCUCCCACGGCAGAUGUGCCCACUCUCACACGCAUGUUUGCCAAGUAUGGGCUUUCCCAGGAAGAGAUGGUCACCCUUUCAGGAGCGCACACGAUCGGGGUGACGCACUGCAGCUCGUUCAGCUCGAGGCUGUACGGGUACAACUCGAGCACGGGGCAGGACCCUGCGCUGAACGCGGCAAUGGCGUCGCGGCUGGCGCGGGUGUGCCCGCAGGGGAGCGGGAACACGGUGGCCAUGGACGACGGCAGCGAGAACACGUUCGACACCAGCUACUACCAGAACCUCCUGGCCGGCCGCGGCGUCCUCGCCUCCGACCAGACCCUCACCGCCGACAACGCCACCGCCGCGCUCGUCGCGCAGAACGCAUACAACAUGUACCUGUUCGCCACCAGGUUUGGCCAGGCCAUGGUCAAAAUGGGGGCCAUCCAGGUGCUCACCGGCAGCAACGGCCAGAUCCGCACGAACUGCAGGGUUGCCAACUGAAACUAAGCUGAUUAAAAAGCAGCAUUUUUGAAGCAUCUUCUUGUUCCCAUCAGAGUUCUUGUUCUUCUUUUGCUUCUAUGCACCUCUUGUCAGAUGGCAAAAGUUCAAUGAAAUUACACAUUAGUUUUGAA